AUGAACACAUUUCUUUCUCGUUUAAACACUAUAUUUGCGUUUACUUUAACAGUACUCGCCGCCCUGACAUUCCUAUGUUUCCUAUCGACGCUUUUUAAAGCUCAUCAAGCCCCUCUUCAGUUACAGACGAAGAAAGUUUUGGUGUGAGUAUCAAUGUCUUUACGACCUGAUCGUCGAUCGUUGACAAUGGCAGAAUAUUCGGGUUUCUUGUUCUAACACGUGUCUUCCUCUUGAUCUUUUGAAUAGUAAAAAUGUUCAAGACUUCAGUGUUUCUAAGGAAAAGAAUGACUUGGGAUUUAUAACGUUUGACCUUGAAGCAGAUAUCCUUUUUGCCUUUUAAUUUUCUGUACAUGUUGUGUGGUUGCAUUGUGCUGUUGUGCUAUUUCUCCCCCGCCUCCCCCCCCCCCCCCGAUCAUUCCCCCAUCAUCCCCACAAGAUUAAAUGGACCUAUAAUUUUACUUACAUGUUGGGUUACCAUGGUUAUAUGGUUAAGAGCUGUUUGUUGCUUUGCAAGCAGACACAGAUCUAAGGCUAGCAGACAGAUUUGAGGCCUCGUGGUAAAAUUUUUGGUUCCAAUCUCACCUGUAAACCCUUAAUUUAAUGUUUUUAUUCCUAUUGAUGAUUUUAACCCUUUCACUCCCAAGAUCUGAUUUUUAAUUCUCCUUACUGUCUACCAUACAAUUUUUAUGAUGUUAGUUUAGAGAAUUUGGUAUUGGCUCAACUAAUUAUCCCAUAAUUGAUAUUUUUCUUUAUUUUCAUCAUCUACCUGCUUGAUAUUGUGUUGAUUUUGGAAGGAGAAAUUCUGUUUUGGUCAUUUGUGGGAGUGAAAGGGUUAAGGGAAUUAUUUUUACAAUAUCUGUAAAUUUUCAAACAAAAAGGGAACAAAAAGAACAAUUGCAACUAGAGGACAUUAUUUUAUUGAACACCAACUUGUUUUACAGCUAAAACUGAAAGAAAUGUAUGAGAGAUGAGCAUCUUAUUUCUUUGGAACUCAUGGUAUCAUUGCUCAAACACUUAGAAGUGAGAAUAUAGGCAGUGAUCAUCACCUUAAGAAGCCCUUAAUUGUUUAAUAGAUAAAUUCCUAUUGUCAUUACUAUAGGAAAUAUAGAGAGAAUGUUCAAUAUAUAAGGAGAAAACAUUGACUGAUGCUAGAAAACUAAGGGUUAAAUCUUAUGAGUGAUUUGAUCAAAUAUUCCUUCAAGUGGCUGUCACUAGUUUUGAUCAGUUUUUCAGCUUCCAUGGGGUGUCUACUGACUUAAAUUUAACCCAUACUUCCCUUUUUUCUUCCUUAUCAAUCUAUUUGAAUUUAUUUUUAGCAGCCAUAUGUUUGGGAAGUGCAGCAUUCUUUGUUUGAUUAUUAUCUAUCUAAAGGCAUCAAGGAUCAUUCUUGGAUCAUUUUUCAUCUGCAAGAAUAAUUAACAUAACCAAAUUAUUCCUUAAUGAGUCUCAGAUAUGAAGGGUAUCUUCAACUGGAAUGUAAAACAGUUAUUCCUUUAUUUAACAGCGGAGUACUCUACAAAGAAUAAUGUAAGUUUAUCUUGGGCAUUUGACUACUGUAAAAACCGGCAGAUAAGCUGCAUCUUUUUUCCAAAAAUCUUCACUAGAAAUUGGAGGUGCAGCUUAUUUGCAGGAACAUUUGAAAAAGGUGUCAUUGAUGUCAAUGCCAAUGUCCGUUAACUGAUACUUUCACAGCCAAUCUAAUGCCUGGUUACUAGGCUAUGAAUUUUCUGCUCACAUUCUUGUUUCAAUGCAAAAAUCUAUGGAAAAACUGUGUUGAAUGAAGAAACUCCUGUCAACAAAUACUAGUAAAAGAUCAGUCAUAGGUCAAAGUUGGUAGAAACGAUGUUCCUAAUAUUAAAGUGCUAAAAUUAUGGGUAAGACUUUGAAUUAUUUUCCAUUGCAAUGUUAAUGGUGAGGUUACGUCGAUGAACAGUGGAUGAAGAAGAAUUCUCAAGACUCAACUUUGGAUUUCUUUUUAUUUCUUUCAAAAAACUUUUUUUCCAAAAUUUGAGCUGUUAAAUUCAGGGUGUGGCUUAUCUGUGGGUUUUUAUGGUCAUUUCUCCUUACAGUAUCUCUCCUAAACCUCACUUAUAGGUCACAAGAAUUAGGGAAGUUAUCAGAAACUAAAGAAACUCUUGACUGUUUGAUAAGUUCUCCUUGUCAACACCUUGGGAAAUGUAUAGGGAACAGUAUGGAGAAUAUGCAUACUGAUGUUAGGAUGUAAAGUGUUAAUUCUCAUAGCUAACUUAAACCCUGUACAUCAUAACAUCAGUAUGUAUAUUCUCCAUUCUGUUCUCUAUAAAUUUCCUUUGGUACUGAUAAGGAGAAUUUGUUUAAGAAUCAAAGCUUCUUAGGGUGGUGAUCAUUACCUUUACUCUCAUUAUCUUAAUGAAUGAUUUAGCAGUAUUUCUGUAAGGAGAAAUUAGAUGCUGGUCAGUCUUGGGGUUUAUUCCCUUUACAUUAACCAGUCCAAUUUGAAUGUUUUCUUGUUAAUUCUCUUAUUCAGAAAUUUAACCAAGUUGUGAUUUGGGAUAAGAUCAUCUUGCGUGGAGACAGUGCAGUUCUACACUAUCAUGGCAUGAACACCAAGUAUUACUUCUUUGAUGAUGGUCUUGGGCUCAAGUAAGUGCAAACCAAAAAAAAAAAAGUUUCAGCCAAAGCCAGGCUUGGAUGUUAUCUAUAUAAGGAGUGUUAUUGGGAUCACCAUUAUUGCCAAAAUAAAUGUUAAAAGAAAAAAAUCCACAACUGUGUUAUCACUACAUCAUCACUACAUCAUCACAAUCAGUAUUGGUAAUAACAUGAUUUCGAGAGCAAUUUGGUGUUAAUAAGCACAAGUAAAUUUUUCAAAGACAACGAAAUUGCACAAGCCUGUAGGGCAAGUGCAAUUUGUGGGCCCUGAAAAUUUUACAAGUGCUCAUUACACCAAUUUGCAAGAGAAAUCAUGUUAUUACUUGUUAAUAACAUACAGCCAAGCCAAGCCAGACAAGCAUGUGCAUGCUGUUUGUAAUUUGUACUCAUGUUUCAACUUUGCACUUGUAUUACUUGAGAAUGCACUCAUUUUCAGUCAACCAGAAGCGCAUAAUUUUUCUUCAUUUACAUUAUUGUAUUGAUUAUACAUGUACAACUGUAGCUACUAGUAAUAUGUGAAACCCAACCUCUGUACUUCUUCAAAAUUUUUGUGAAAUUAUUUCGCUUGCAUUUUGGAACACAACUGACUGAAAAUUAGAUAUUUUAGCUCUUAAAACUUUGGGGAAUCCAUUAAAAAAAAAAACUUUGAGUAGCAAUAAAAAUGUUAUUUGCUCUUGUCAAGAGGACUGGAUUUUUCCCACCUCUGUUAAAGCUAAGUCUGUAGAAGUAUUGUAACACAAUAUAACAAACUGUUUUUACCCUUCUGCAGGGGAAACAAGAAUGUCAGCCUCUAUUUAUCAUGGAAUGUUAUCCCAAAUGCUGGUAUUCUGCCUUUAAUAAGCCAAGAGAACAAGUUUUAUUUUGACUUCCCAGAAGAAUACACUGUCAACAGGGCUGGCUUUGAUUACUAA